UAACCUAUGAUAGCAUUCAGUAGACGUCCAGAACGCAACAGAUCAUGUUUUCUUUAAUAAUAAUUGUUUUAGCUUGUUUUAAUAAUGUACAAGGAUAUUUUACCAGGCCAGGGAAGUGUCCAAUUGUUGAAGUACAGGAGAACUUUCGAUUAGCUGACUUCUACAAUAAAUGGUAUCAAGUAUACCACUUUUCCAGCGAUGGCCAGAGCCUGAACAACUGUUCCACAAUCGAGCUGAUGACGAGGCCUUCCGGCAUCUAUCUAAACCAGUCCAGGAUAGAUCUUGGACUUUUCCACAGGUACAGCGUGGGCAAAAUUGAAAUACCAAUUAAGGAAGAAGAUGCUGCUAAAAUGGAUCUGAUAUUCGCCUUUAAAAACGCCCCAAGACGCUUGAAGACAAGAAGAUAUCCAUUCAGAGUGCUAGCUACAAACUACAAUUAUUACGCGACAGUUUACACGUGCCAAUACAGUCCACUUAUUGACAAACACUACAUUUACGUCUGGAUCCUAUCAAGACAUCAGAUUCUGAACGACGUUUCGAAAGAGCUGGCUGUGAAAUCCCUGCAUCAAUUAGGAUUGACAGGUGACAUGCUUGUGAAGGACUCACGGAGUUGCAACGCUAAAUAUUACGAUGACUUUGUAACAGAACCCAUGACCUUUAGGUUCCCUGUGCCGAUAUAAAACGAUGUCUGAAUAAAUUUGUUUGUGUACUAAAACUGUCA